GGUUUAAUGGGCUAGGCCAGCCCAUCUAGCUUAUUUCUUCAAGCUACAGUACUAACACCUAAUCGCGCCUAAUUUUGCCUAAUCACGCCUAAGCUAGAAAAGCGCAAGUAGGUGGCCAAACACAUAAUUAACGCCUAGGGAUUUUUUGAACUUUGUUUUUUUGCCAACCAGCAAGACAUCUAUUGUCCAUUAGCAUGAAAACCAUUUGAUCUUGGUGGCCCUAUGCAGCCUUAUGGGUUGUAUAUUUGAUUCAAUUGCUAAUGAACUUUUAGAUGGUCAUGUGCAUCACUGUGUAUACCAAAACCUUAAUCAAAAAGCAUACCUCUCUUAGAUAACAACCCUUGGUGCUCUAAUCCAUCUCUUUUGAGCAACGAAGCCUAACACUCUAUCUACAUUAUUAAUGCAUAUUAUCAAGUGGUACGAGAACUGUGUAUAACUGGGUAUCUAUGGGUAUCUUCAACUGCUGAGUGUUGACUGCUCUAUAGUCCAUGUUGUUGAAUAAGUGAAGUCUUCCAUACAUUCUCUAGUGUGGUUGGCUUCAUACAACACCUUUACUAGUAUAUCAAAGUGGAGGUUCCACCUGGUAUUGUAUGUAUUAUUGCUGCCACAGUGCAUGAUUGUAAAUACUUACCAUUAGAAAUUGGAGACAUCUUUUUAUGUCCAAACUGACUUGGUGGUUCUUUUUGAAUGUCACAAGAGAUGGUAGGUCAAGGUGGAAAAACCAAACCUUGGAAGUCACAGGUUCCAUGGCCUUGGCGGUUGUCAUCAUCUAGAGAGAGAGGUUCGAUCCGUGGGAUGUGAUGGUUGACCAAUCAGUGAUCAGGUUAGGUUGGGUGGGGAUUGACCCACCUAUCCCUCCCUAUCAAUCAAGCAUCAAGCAAAGGUACGGCUCCAUCUUCUCCAACGCCGCUGAUGCCUCCUCCGCCUCCACCUCCACCUCCAAGCGACGGCCAUCUCUGGCGUCCUCCUCGCCGCCGUCUAUGCCCCACCCCGCGGCUGCCUCUUUUCUGGUGAAGAUGGAGUUCUGUGAGCAGUGUUUCUAUUUUCUCCGUGAGCAGUCUUUCUGUUUUGUCGUGACCAACAAUGUUGCUACUGGCAAGCAGCACAUUGGUUAUGGUCUGGUUAGGGAUUUCCUUGUCGAAUACAAGGCUGUGAGAGAAGCGGAGAGGCUUGCAAGGUAAGCUUAUUGACUUGGUUGGAGCAACCAUGGGAUAUGGCCCAAGAUCCACGAUCCAGCCCUCAAUCAAAGGUAUCUAUCUACCAAAUCUAGUCAUUUUCUUACCCUGAGAUGUGUUGUUUGUUCAUCCUCCAACCAAGAAUAGUUGAUAUGUAUGUACAUUCACACUUAAUUGCUUGCAGUUAUGUCGCAUGUCUCCUAUGUUUCUUCUCCAGUCUCCUGAUACAACGUACUUGAUGAGCCUGAGUCGGAGGUGUGCCAUGAGGAAGGCGUGCUGGACUGCAGGCAACACGCCCUUGUCGCCGCCCUCUGCCUCGUUGCCCAUGCGUCUGGCGCUGCCUGACUCGGAUGCUAGAAGCUGGCCGCUCCCAACCUAGGCGGCUCCCGAUUUGGCCGCCUGGGCCUUAUUCUGGAGCUGCAUAGGAAGACAAGUACACCAAGUGGACAACACGAACCUACGACACAGCCGUCGUCCAUGUCCUUAUCUUCUCCAUCGCCAGCCUAUAUCCGUGUUCUGCUCUCCUUCCAUCCCACUAGCAUUGAAUCAUAGCAGUUUGAUAAUUGAUAAUUGCAGUUUGGGAAUUAAAAUUCAGAUCCUGGUUGCGUUGCUGUACUACAGUUUUACAUUUGAUAAUUGCAGUCUGGAAUGUUAUUUUUUAGAUGGUUCCUAAAUUCAGUUCUGGUUGUGAAUUCAGGUAAUUGUUUCAAGGCUGCUCCCAGCAACCAUGGCAGCGGAUCCGCAACCUCAGUCUCCUUCUCCACAAGCACACAUUGGCAGAGGAGUUAGGGGCUUUGUUCAUGGGCCGCCGCCAUGGAUGGCAGCUGCAUCCAUGGAGAGUGUCAACAUGUGGACGUGGAUGUAACA